AAAUCUAACCUUUUUCUAUGGGAAGCCAUGAUGGAAGUUUGAGAGCAGCGGAGAAACAAGAAAAGGAAAGGGGACAUGCAUGGAAAAUCGUUGAAAAUGAUUUCGUCAGAAAUACAGUAGCACAUUUUCAUCAUCAAGGUGGAGGCUGUCAAUCAACCCCGAAAUUUGUUGGAAUUGUAUGACCGUGGAUGAUUCGAUGGGAGGUAUUUUAGCGUAAAUUCGUUUUUUAAUUUUUUAAAAAUAUACGUGCUAGCUAACUAUGGAGCUAGCCAGCUAGCCAGUCGCUAUCCAGAGCCACGGUACGUGUGUGCAAGUCGUCUGUCAUAGUUCUGGCUUUGGACCGUCGGAGAGGAUCCUCUCCGCCUUUGCAGCUCAAUCACGGCGGCUGCGACGGUCUCAGAGACUUGGCGUGCUUUCAAAUUAUUGCGGUGCGAGACUUGGAGGAUUGUCUACCUUUUCACUUGGAGGAUUGUAAGCCAGUUUGUGGGAUCCUGGAAGCCGGGCCUGCGGUGGCCUUCCUUUAUGAGCCAGCAGCAGAAGCCAUUCUAGCUAACGUUAAUAGCCCUGAACGUCAGUUAGCUAGCAAGAGCUAGCUAACAUAACCAUUGACUUCAACGGGACCGCGAAAUCAACCAAGCAAAGGCAUUUUAAUAAAACACAGUACUUUAUAGUAAACUGGCAAACCCAAGGACACCUGCCAGAACCAUGGCUGCGAUAAUAAAGGAGUUUGUCAGUAGAAACAAGAGAAGAUACCAGGAAGAUGGAUUUGACUUGGACUUGACUUAUAUUUAUCCAAACAUAAUCGCUAUGGGCUUUCCUGCCCAGAGAAUCGAGGGGGUGUACAGAAACAACAUAGACGAUGUCGUACGGUUUCUAGACUCCAAGCAUAAAAAUCAUUAUAAAAUCUAUAAUCUAUGCGCUGAAAGAAAUUAUGAUGCUUCCAAAUUUAAUUGUCGUGUGGCCCAGUACCCUUUUGAGGACCAUAAUCCUCCACAGCUGGAGCUCAUUAAGCCCUUUUGUGAAGACCUUGACAAGUGGCUAAGCGAGGACGAUAAUCACGUAGCUGCCAUCCACUGCAAGGCGGGAAAAGGGCGCACCGGUGUGAUGAUAUGCGCGUACCUGCUGCACCGCGGCAAGUUCCUAAAGGCCCAGGAGGCACUGGACUUCUACGGCGAGGUUCGGACCAGAGAUAAGAAGGGAGUUACUAUCCCCAGCCAGAGGCGGUAUGUCCACUACUACAACUACCUGCUGAAGAACAACCUGGAGUACAAGCCCGUGGCGUUGCUCUUCCACAAGAUGGUUUUUGAGACCGUACCCAUGUUCAGUGGAGGCACCUGCAGGGAGACUGGUGUUAAAAACAAGAACGAGCAGAAUCCCCAUGGUUUCAGGAAAGGGAAUUGGCACUGGGAUCCCCAGUUUGUGGUCUACCAGCUGAAAGUGAAGAUCCACACUUCGAACCCCAUUCACACGCGACGCGAGGACAAGUACAUGAUCUUCGAGUUUCCUCAGCCUCUGCCUGUGUGUGGAGAUAUCAAGGUGGAAUUCUUCCAUAAACAAAAUAAAAUGAUGAAGAAGGAGAAGAUGUUCCACUUCUGGGUGAACACGUUCUUCAUCCCUGGACCAGAGGAGAACUAUGAGAAGAUGGAGAACGGGGGUCUGGUGAAGGACCUGGACAGCCUCCCGCCGGCAGAGAAGGGCGAGAAUGACAGGGAUUACCUCAUCAUGCCGCUGACCAAGAAUGACCUUGACAAGGCCAACAAGGACAAGGCUAACAGAUACUUCUCGCCGAACUUCAAGGUGAAGCUGUACUUCACAAAGACGGUGGAAGAGCCGUCCAACUCUGAGGCCAGCACCUCCACGUCAGUCACGCCGGACGCUAGUGACAAUGAGCCGGACCAUUACCGAUACUCGGACACCACGGACUCUGACGCUGAUAACGAACCCUUCGACGAGGAGCAGCAGAUAACGAAAGUCUGAAUAUUUUUUAUGGGGGAAAUAACCGAAAAAUAAACAUGCAUACAAAGAGACAUAUAUACACACAAAAAAACCCUGAACGUUUGAAAAAAGGAGAAAACUUGAAUAUGAACUGAAAAAGCAAGUACCUUUUUUUUUCUUCUUUUUUUCUUUUCCAGACUGAGGUAGUUUGUCACAAGAAAAUGGCCACUGGUUUGUAGGGACAAUAAUCUCGACCAAUCACUCUUCAUUUCCUGCUUUUUUGGUUGUUUGUUUGUUUUCUUUUUUAUUUUUACUUUUUGUCCCAUUUCGCUCAUGUGCAAGUAUGGACACCGGCUCUCAGUCAUAAAGGUUCACUAGCUAUUAUGUACAUAAUGUCACGUGGUUGUGGUUGGGGGUGGGAGUGGGGGGGGGGGGACUAAUCACGCAAUCAGGAGAUGGGAGAUCAGGGGCCGGGAGACAACUCAGUCAAAACAAAGCUACAACUCGCUGCUCCGUCUCCUUUCCAUGCCAAGGCCAGUGCUCCAUGAGCUCUCUCUUUCUCUCUCUCUCUCGCUCUAUCUCUCUCUCUCUCUCUCUCAUGUGCGCUCUAUCGCUCGUUCUUUUUUUUUCUCUCUCUUUGUUUCUCCCCUCCCCCUUUCUCUCUUCUUGUCCAUGUCCAAACUAUACGCAACAGGACAGAGUGCAGCAAGUAAACACAAUCUCUUUCAGAUUGUUUUCAUCAGAAACGGCAAUAUGUAAAUGGACAGCUCUGACUGACCAUUAUUUUCUGUAUUUUUGACUGUGUCAUAUAGCCUAGUUAGUAGCAGUAGUUUCUGGCUUUGUUUGAUCGUGUUAACCUUUCCUGUAUUUUCUUCUGACCUAGUCGAAGAACACAGGGGAGCCGAAAUCUCUGUAGCUUCGGGGCUAACCCCAUUUCCCUCUAUCUGAAAUUGGUUAGCAAAUUCAGAUUCAGUUUGCACACUGGAUCGAGUGUAUAUAUAUAUAUAUAUAUAUAUAUAUAUUCGACAUUAAAGAUGGGUCGCUAUCCAAAAGGUAUCUUGUGUGCAUGGCUAUGUACGCGUUUGGCUGCGUGCAUAAACGCCGAAGCAAUUUUUCUCGGCUCGAGGUGCUACUCCAAAAAUGUCUUCAAGGUUGGCAGGUCUGAUGUCUUGCUGUAGUCCCACGUGGAACUGAGAUCUCAGGACGGUAGAGCGCACUUGCUGCCCGUUACUUAACAUGAUUGCGUAUAGGUAGGACAUAUGGUGUCAACGCUCACCCUGUCUUUGCCCUUCUUUCUUCUCUUUUCCUCUCUUCUUUUCUUCUUUUUUUUUUCUCCCCCACUCUUCCCCAACACGCCUACUGUGAACGCCUUCUCAUGCUGUUAGCAGACUCGCGCAAGUCUUCAGUCUGUUUCACCAGGUCACUAUUCUGAUUGACAUUGUGAUACUACGAUUGAUAUUAUUUUUGGUAUUAUUAUAAUAAUGAUAACAAUGAUAAUAGUGGGGAUUUUAUUUUUUAAGGCUCCAUGACGUUUGAACAGUGUCCAUUCCUUCUACAGUGGUCUUUUUUUCUUUGUUCACUUCAGGGCAGAAAAACAGUGACCCAUGUAUGUCUUUUUUUUUUUAUUAUUAUUAUUAUUAUUAUUAUUAUUAUUUCUUUUUGUUUUGUUUUUAAAUAUUAAGGUAAUAACUAUAAUACACAAAACAGCAGGGAAACCAGUGUUGCAAUAAUGUUGACACUUAUAGUUAAUUGAGGAAAGUGUGCAUGUUAUUGAAAUUAGAACCCUUGUCGUUUUAAUAAAUUAUAUACAUGGUCUCUUUCUCAUGAAAAGAAAACUGUCUCCAGUGUCGGUCAGAGUUGAUUGUAUUUAGCUAGGAGGCACAUUGGCAGCAACCUCUUAUUUUUAAGGAUUUAUGCAGGUAUGCCCAUUUUUCGGCAGGUCGUUAUUUGGUUAGUGGAAAGGCUUUUAAAAUUAUUAUUUGUAAGACAGCCCCCUCCACCAAAUGAUUCACAUAGUUUUUUGUGUUUGGGUGUCUCUCUCUCUCUCUCUCUCUCUCUCUCUC